CACGAUUCUUCUUUUCUUCUUCCUCUGUUCUCUUCUUCCAUCUCAGUCACAAACCGCUGAGCAUAUCACAAAGCUUAGCACUAUGGUUUCCCCAGCAAGCUUAAGCAAAUCAGAAGAGAAAGAAACCCUAAACCCUAGAAACGUGUACCACAUCGGAGGACUCCAAGUGAGAUUCCCUUAUCAGCCGUACGGAACACAGCUAGCUUUCAUGAGCCGUGUCAUAUCUACCCUUGAUAGAGCCCAGAGAGACGGUAGAUGCCACGCGCUUCUCGAGUCCCCCACUGGCACUGGCAAAACUCUUUCAUUGCUCUGCUCGGUUCUCGCUUGGCAACAGAGCUAUGCAUCGCGCUUUCCUAAAGGAAACUCGGCUCAUAAAAGAAGUCAUUUCACACCUGACGUCACACGACCACCCUCAACAGAACCUAGCAAUGUGGUGGAAGUCGAAAAACCUCCAAGAGUUCCUACCAUAUUCUAUGCUUCACGAACGCAUGCUCAGAUCACUCAAGUCAUUCGUGAGUAUCGCAAAACUGCUUACAGAGUGCCCAUGGCUGUAUUGGGUGCACGUAAACGUUCAUGCACCAACCGUCGUGUACAGGGGAAACCUAAUUUAGACGAGAUAUGCCGGUGUCUCAUAAAAGAUAGAAAUAAACCAAAAUGUCCCGAGUUCAUAGGCAAAGAUGAUAUUGUAGCUCACCCAUCACUUCAGCAAAAUGAAGUUCAUGAUAUUGAAGAUCUUGUCAAAAUUGGAUAUGCUGUUAGAGGUUGUCCAUACUUUGCUGCCUGGGACAUGUAUGAGAGGGCACAAAUUGUUUUUUGCCCUUAUUCCUAUAUAGUUGACCAACUCAUUCGACAAGAAAAACUUGAAGACAAAUUGAAUGGGGCCAUUAUAAUCUUUGACGAAGCACACAAUAUGGAAGACAUUGCUCGUGAAGCAGGCAGCAUUGACUUGGGAGAAGAGACUCUUUUCAAAUUACAGAGUGAACUACAACUUCUAAGCCUGGCGAUCCCAAUGAUAUAUCAACCCGUGUGUGAUGCUAUAGACGGAUUGAUAAGCUGGAUUGGAAGCAGAAAGGACUCCCUAGCAAAACGUGAUCCUCAACACUAUUUCUCUAGCUGGACCGGAGACAAAGCUUUAAGGGAGCUAGAGGAAUCUAAUAUCACUCGAAAAGGCUUCCGGAAAUUAUCGAACUGCUUAAUUGAUGCAAUCGAAAGAUCAAUGAAAGAAAUACGUCCUCAUUUGAGUGGGAUAUUUGUCUCCACACUUCAAGAGUUGUUAGUUACACUUGGAUACUUCUUUUCAAGAGAUGGAAGUCACAGUCACACCCUCGAUUACGAACUGGGUUUACAACGCUUUAUUAAAAGAGGAGAUUCUUCUGGGAAGUGGACACAUACUUUGAGUUUGUGGUGCAUGAAUCCAUCUGUUGUUUUCAAAGCCAUAGUUGAUCUUUCUUCAUCCAUUAUUUUAACAUCUGGGACUUUGUCACCAAUGGACUCUUUCUCAUCUGAACUUGGGAUGCAGUUUGGCGCUUGUUUGGAGGCUCCACAUGUGGUUGAUGCUAAUCAGCAGGUGUGGGCUGCUGGAAUCUUCAGUGGUCCUAAUAAUCAACCUCUAAAUGCAAGUUAUAAAACAAAUGAUGAAUAUCCGUUCCAGGAUGCUCUAGGGAAAUCAUUGGAAGAGAUUUGCUCUAUUGUGCCAGGUGGCUCUCUCGUCUUCUUUCCAAGCUAUAAGCUUAUGGAAAAACUCUGUACGCGUUGGCGUGAAACUGGUCAAUGGUCUCGGCUCCGCUUGGAAAAAGACAUUUUUAUUGAGCCAAGAGGAGGAGCAACGGGGGAGUUUGAGAAUGUCCUGAAGGGAUAUUAUGAUUGUAUAGGCGGAAAAAAUAGAUUGAUUGGAAGAAAUAGGAGAGCAGGGACUCGAGUUGAUUCCAAGAAAGGAGGAGCAUUUCUUGCUGUAUGUAGAGGAAAGGUUUCUGAAGGGCUUGAUUUUAGUGAUGACAACGCCAGGGCUGUGAUAAUCGUUGGCAUUCCAUUUCCAAACUUGCAUGAUGUCCUAGUCGGACUAAAGAGAAGUUAUAAUGAUACGUACAAAUCAUCUAGAAACCUUCUUGGAGGGGGUGAAUGGUAUUGCCAACAAGCGUAUCGUGCUUUAAAUCAAGCAGCAGGGAGAUGUAUUCGGCAUAGGUUUGAUUAUGGUGCCAUCAUAUUUUUGGAUGAGAGAUACAGACAACAAAGGAACAGAGUGUCUAUUUCAAAGUGGCUAAGACAGUCUAUCAAACUGUAUGAUAAUUUUGAAGAAUCUAUGCAAGACUUGAAAUCAUUUUUUCCCAGUGCCAAGGAGCAUGUUGAAAGUAAGAUGUUAAGCUACAAAGAAGUCAUCGACCUUGAGUGUGUGGUCCAAACUGAGCCUGAAACAUCUUUUGUGAUCAAUGGUAGUUCAGCAUCCAGUCCAUUUUCUUGCUCCAGUGGUUUGACUCUAGAACGAGGGGGGCCACCGAGUGUUAGUUCCCAUGCUUUGAAGAGAAGAAAGUUUAUCAGCUCUGCAGCCGUUAUUGACCUUGAAAAAGAAAACAACCAUGACAUAAUCACAAGGAGAAUUGAGUUUGGAUCUGACAGCAGCACUGAAACAAGAGCUAGAGUGCAGAUAUCUUGUUUGCUAUGCAGAAGCCCUUUAGGUCACCCAGAUAAUAAUGGCUCUUCAUAUCUAAAUUGCUUGGUGACUCGGUCAUCCAAGAAGUAUUUACUGUCUCUCCUGAAAGAAACAUCAAGAUCUGAAAUGCCAACAAGCGUUUCAGUUAUCGUGACAGAUUGCUCCUCGGUUGACCAGAGACUCUGCACAAAAGAUGAGGGGAUUUGGUGCGAGCAAGAUGGAUGUGUUUUCAACACCAUCUUCUGCCCUUUCUGCAGUGUCCCAAACACGACGUGUCUCGGAGUGCAAAUCAUGGCUACUGAUUCAUCAAAUGUCCACUUUCUCAGCAAAAUAUUGUUCUUUUCUGAUCAUCUAAAUGUCAUGGGUGAUGCUGCAAUCAAGGAAACGUUGUUGGAGCACAAAGUUACUUGAUAGAGAAGCUGAAGCUGGGAAGAAGAGAUCAAAACAGGUUCCGCGAACUCGGGAUUUUGGUGUUGAUGAUACUCUCUACGGUUUCUUGAGUUGUCAAGGCAAACUGACCAUGCAUUACAUUUUCUUGGUUCAUCAUAAGGAGGUGUGACCUAUAAUUCUGCCAAUCUUUACUUAUAUUUUUUCAGUGAUUAUGAGAAAUUGAUUCUCCCUAGAUUCCAUCUAUCAUUAAGAACAAGAUCAGUUGGAUAGUGUGUUAACUAGCAAGCAAUACACUCCAUCUUGUUUGCUUAUAUAAAACGGCAUCCCUUCCAGAUUGUGUAGAGCAUAUAUUUGCAUUCCAAGGGUUUUUGGA